CCACCAUGGCCCCUGUCACCCUUCUAUCUUCAUUCUCCACAACACACUCACAGAACCAGAGAAAGAAGAGACCUUUGCCAACACAUCACAGGCAUGGCCACCACUGCUUUCCAGCAAUCAGCAUUCGCUGGUCAAACAGCUCUGAAGCAGGUCAAUGAGUUCGUCCGCAAAACCGGUGGCUCCGGCAAAGGUCGCACCAACAUGCGCCGCACCGUCAAGGAUGUUCCUCAGAGCAUUUGGUCCUCUCUACAUUCCUCGCGAACCUUCCCUCGGAGUCGAAGCAUCGUUGUCAAAGCCUCUUCUUCUUCUUCUUCUUCCGACGACAUUUCGCGGAGCAGGAGACGCUUCCUCGCCGAAACCGCCGCAAUAUCGGUUUCGCUUCCUCACUUUCCGGCGAGGGCCGAAGACACGCUCUCGGAGUGGGAGAGAGUGUACCUCCCUAUUGACCCCGGCGUCGUGCUUCUCGACAUCACUUUUGUCCCCGACGACCCCAACCACGGUUUUCUUCUCGGGACGAGGCAAACAAUUCUGGAGACGAAGGACGGAGGAAACACUUGGGCUGCGCGUUCGAUUCCCUCUGCCGAAGAUGAAGAUUUCAACUAUCGCUUUAAUUCUAUCAGUUUCAAUGGGAAGGAAGGGUGGAUAGUUGGAAAACCUGCGAUUCUGUUGUACACUGCUGAUGCUGGAGAAAGCUGGGAGAGGAUACCUCUCAGUGCUGAACUUCCAGGGGAUAUGGUGUACAUAAAAGCGACUGGUGAGAAGAGUGCAGAGAUGGUGACUGACGAAGGUGCAAUAUACGUUACUUCUAACAGGGGUUACAACUGGAGAGCUGCUGUUCAGGAAACUGUGUCAGCUACUCUUAACAGAACAGUUUCUAGUGGUAUUAGUGGUGCAAGCUAUUACACCGGGACUUUCAAUACUGUCAAUCGCUCUCCAGAUGGAAGGUAUGUUGCAGUCUCAAGUCGAGGCAACUUCUACUUAACCUGGGAGCCUGGUCAGCCAUUCUGGCAGCCACAUAAUAGAGCAGUUGCCAGAAGAAUACAGAACAUGGGAUGGAGAGCUGACGGUGGUCUGUGGCUUCUUGUUCGUGGAGGUGGUCUUUAUCUCAGCAAGGGCACUGGGUUAACUGAAGAAUUUGAGGAGGUUCCUGUCCAAAGCAGGGGUUUUGGCAUUCUUGAUGUUGGAUAUCGUUCAACGGAUGAGGCUUGGGCAGCAGGAGGAAGUGGUAUUCUUUUGAGAACUACUAAUGGUGGCAAGUCAUGGAUCCGCGACAAAGCUGCUGACAACAUUGCUGCAAAUUUAUACUCAGUGAAGUUCAUUGAUGACAAGAAGGGAUUUGUAUUGGGGAAUGAUGGAGUUUUGCUUCGCUUCCUUGGGUAGAGUGGUUGUCUCGACCGAAAUCCCAAUGGGAUGACUAAUUAAAAACAAAUUUUUUUUAAAGAGUUUAGAGUCAUUACAUAUUUUGUAAAACUACGAAAAAAUAGAAAAGAUAAUACGAAACUGAAUUUUGGAUCUGGUGUUA